AUGUUUGUUAUCGGUGCCAUGGCGGAUAUCAUUCCUCAAGUACCUGUACGGAUACCUUUGGGCAUAUCAUCCAUCGUUGGCAGCUAUGAUUCAUAUGCGACAGUGUGGUCAGCCCUAUCAUGGCCCUAUCAAUUGCAUUUGAGGAUUACUACCUUAGCCGUUGGAAGUCAGACUGUCACUCGACCGAACAUGUUGGCUCGAGCAGCACCUUUAUUAGAAGAUGUCAUAGAAGACGCAAUGACAUCCCCCGUUAUCCGGUGUGGUGCACCGUAG